UUGUAUGACGUCGUGUGCAUGCUAUAGACCGGCAUUUCGAAAGCCGUGUGACUUUUAAUAAUUAUUAUUCGCCUACUGUAGGCAAACAAGAAUUGUUUUGUAUAAAAAUAGCAGUAUGGCAGAUAACCUCUGUAAGUCAAGACUUCAACAUUUUAAAAAUAAAGGAAAAGACCAAGAUGAGAUGAGAAGGAGGAGGAAUGAGGUGACAGUAGAAUUGAGGAAGAGUAAAAGAGACGAGUCUCUCUUAAAGAGAAGAAAUGUACCACAAGCUGAUUCCACCGAUGAAGAUGAAGCAGAUCGAAGCCUUAACCACACAAAUCUUGAAGUCAUUGUUCAAAAUGCCACUAGUCCUGAGCCUGGAGUACAGCUUAGUGCAGUGCAGACUGCAAGGAAACUCUUGUCCAGUGAUCGAAAUCCUCCAAUUGAUGACCUGAUCAAUUCUGGAAUUCUUCCCAUCCUGGUACACUGCCUGCAAACCACAAAUCCUUCCCUUCAGUUUGAAGCUGCAUGGGCUUUAACCAACAUAGCUUCUGGAACAUCACAACAGACUCAGGCUGUUGUUAAUGCAGGUGCAGUUCCUUUAUUCUUAGAACUUCUGAAGUCGCCCCAUCAAAAUGUUUGUGAGCAAGCUGUAUGGGCACUAGGAAAUAUUAUUGGUGAUGGUCCCCAUCUCAGAGACUAUGUCAUUAGCUUAGGUGUUGUCCAGCCUUUACUGACUUUCAUCAAACCUGAUAUUCCACUUUCUUUCCUUCGGAAUAUCACCUGGGUUAUAGUAAACCUCUGUCGUAACAAAGAACCACCUCCACCAAAGGAUACCAUCAAAGAACUUCUUCCAGCACUUUGUGUGUUGAUAAAUCAUUCUGAUAUAAACAUUCUUGUCGACACUGUUUGGGCACUGUCCUAUCUUACUGAUGGUGGUAAUGAACAGAUACAGAUGGUCAUUGAUGCUGGAGUAGUUCAACAAUUAGUACCUCUCUUGUGUCACAAAGAAGUCAAAGUUCAGACAGCAGCUUUAAGAGCAGUAGGAAAUAUUGUUACCGGAACAGAUGAACAGACCCAGGUAGUGCUCAAUUUCAAUGCUUUGUCCUAUUUCCCUGCACUUUUGAGACAUCCUAAAGAGAAGAUCAAUAAGGUAUUAUUUCUUUAG